AAUAUUAGUAUAUAUAUAUAUAUGUGUGUAAGUUGUUGUGUUUUGUUGAAGAGACAGAUUUGUAGGAUAUAAACAUAGCAGAAAUUCCGAUCUCCGUGGGAUGCUACGCAUAAACGAUUGUUUAGCUUGAACUAAAGAAUGAUAUAUUACUUUUGUCAUCCGGCCAACGCACUCAUCUUUUGACGCUCACCAUGUCACGCUCAGCCGAUGUUGAUGGCGUAUGGAGUAGGCUAGGACCAUUUGGCAAGUACCAAUUCAAACAAAUGGCACUGACGAUCCUAGCUGCCCUUCCAAUGGCGUUCCAUAUCGUUUCGGUUGUUUUCAUCGGAUAUACUCCGGAGCACAAAUGUUCCAUUGGUAUGCAGGAUCUUCCAAUUGGUGCAGACAAUAAUAGCAUACACGAUUUCAUCAACGCAACGUCCGAGACUUGCGGUAUCCAAUGGCAACGCAAUAUCGAAGGACAUCUGAUUACGGAGAAAACAGGUUGUUUAUAUGGCGUCAAUUACUCCGUGCCAAAAACCGACACAUUUGUGACAGAGUGGGACCUUGUAUGUGAGAGGGAUGCCAUUGGACGAAUAUCCCAGUCCCUAGUCCUCGGCGGGAUGUUUCUUGGUGCCCUUGCCGCGCCAUUGGCUGACAAAUACGGCAGAAAACCAGUCCACGUGGCCUUUAAUGUUGGCUUACUUGUCGUAACCUUCGCCAUGGCGUUUGUAAAGAGUGUGCCGGCGUUUCUAGUACUGCGUUUCUUUGUUGGAACUUUUCAGCAAGGCAUGCUGAUAACAGUAGUGACGUUUUGGCUGGAACUUCUGCACCGUGAUUCCCGGGAAAAUGUCGGGAUUGUAAACGCCUUUAUGUGGGCUAGUUCUGUCAACGUUCUCACUUUAGUGGCUUAUUUGCUUCGAAACUACGACUGGAGAAUCCUUCAACUAGCUUUGUCUGUUUUCUCAGUUUUUAGUGUGGCAGAGAUUUUCCUGAUGGAUGAGUCUCUUCGGUGGCUUCUUGCAAACAAGAAAAUUACGCAGUGUCAAUCACUUAUGGAGAAAGUACGGAAACAAAACAAACGACAUGCAGAUGCACUACAGGAAACUGAUCAGGGAGAAACCGAUGUGUCCAUUAUUCCGGAUGUAGAACUAAUGACAUCGUUACAUGGUGACAUUUCACCGGAUCAUGGUACUGAAGAGGAACACUGGUCUCUACUAGUGACAGACCGACUUCUCAGAAAACAUUCAUUCAUUACCUGGGGUGUUUGGGUAGCUAACAACCUCACCUACUACGGGAUUGUGAUGAUGACGCCAAGUUUUGCUGGGGGCCGCUACCUUAGUUUCUUCCUCGGAAGCAUUUCGGAAAUGGUUGGCAAUUGUAUAUUGUUGAUUUUCAUUAAAAAAUUUUCGCGCAAAACGACCAUCAUUACUUUCCAGUCAGUAGGCAGUGUAGCGCUUCUGCUUACUAUCCUUACCAACCAAUUUAACAGUGAUGUAUUCAAGAUGGUGGAAGUGAUGUUGUUUGCCGUCAGCCGCGGGGCAAUAGCAAACUCAUUCGGUGUUGUCUAUCUGUACACUCCAGAGCUAUUCCCGACGAAUCUCAGGAACGCCGGUCUUGGAGUAGCUUCAGCAGCUGGCAGGAUAUCCGGGGUGAUAGCACCAUUCAGCUUAUAUAUGAUGGAGGCGGCACAAUGGCUGCCAUCGUUAAUAUUUGGUUCAUUGUGUCUGAUAUUCUGCUUCCUGAUACAGUACCUACCGGAAACAAAGGGAAAAGAACUACCACAGAAGAUUGAUGAAAUCUGGGAAUGGUACAAAAUGGACAGGUGUAAAACAUAAGAUAAUAACAGCAUUAUAAAAUACACUGUGUGAGGAAAUAGAAUGAAGAGUGGAAAUACAACCACGUUAUCCUAACAUCAUGCUUGGACUCCUUGGUUGUAGAAAAUCAGUCCCCGAGACUUGCCGAAAAUCAAUUAUUAACUUUCAAGCAGAUUAUGUGACGGCCGUCAUGAUACCAAUAGAAGUUUAAAUUCCCGGUGUACACUUCCCGUGUAGGAAUACAAAUGUACAUACAAUGUAACUAACAGAGCGCGAGUACAAAAUUUAGUGUGGAUCGUUCUUAUUUUUACUUUUUGUGAAUUACAUGUAGUUUUAAUAAACUAUGAUUCAAAUUAGAACAAUAUGUGAAUUAAGAUGUUAAUGUUUAAAAUCUCUCAAGGAAAUGGAAUCAGAAUAUGAUGUUAUUGUGGAACUAAAUUAUAUAUAUACGUUCCCGCAAAACAGGAAUACGCUAUAAUAUAUAGUUUCGUCAAUGAAUGUAGAUAUUAAACAAUGAUUGCCUUUUGAUAAGGUCGAUACAUGCUUCGACCGAAUUUGUUUAUGUUAUGCUUGUGUGAAAGAUAUUUGAUAUUGUUGGACAAAGGAAAGCAAUUCAUUUUUUUUUUUUUUUUUUUUUGUAUCUGUAAUCUAAUUUUCGAAACACAAAGUUGGAUUUUUUUGACAAAAACUUUCAGCCCGAAAGGUCGAUAUCAUUUUUAAUGGAGUCAUGUGACCUUAUUUCAGCCAAUCAAAAUUGUUGAAAGACAUCGUUUCAAUUUUUUUUUCUUUUUCUGUUUUGAUAAUUUCGGGUACAUAGACAGCAUACAUAUAUUGAAAAUGAAUAUUACUAAAAUCAGAUAAUAGCAGAUGAAUUGAAGUAUGUCUGUAUAUGACCCUGACUGUUCAUAUGACGUUAAA